AAGUUAGACUCGGGUGUCGUACGUACGGCGGCGGGAAGCGCGUUGCAAUGCGGCCGGCGCCCAAGACGCCGGCAAUCGGAGGGAUCGGGGUGGCCUGGCUUUAUGCCAGAGUCACUCCACUCCAGGGCUGUCGCCAAAAAGUCUUUGCUGCUGCGGCGCAGGGUAUGCAGGACACACCGAACGAGGUCCGGACGGCGUUGCCUCUUUGCUCUGCUUCGCCUAGUCGUGUUGGUGGCAGACCAAUUUAUAAAUGACCUGUCGUCGAUGUCGUUUGUUGUUUCUCUUGAGAUCUCGAUCUAUCUAUCUGGACAGGGCAGUCAGUCUCUUCUCAUCUUCUUAUUUGUACGGCAAGCUAGUCGUGGCUUGUCCGGGGAUGCUGAAUAUCCUCUCAUCCCCCAUCUUCUCUUUCCGUCGGGCCACUCUUCGUACCGAGCCCAUACCCAUCUUGAGUCGAGUCGAGUCUCUAGUAACUCGCUGCCUGAAUGGGCUUUCCGCGUCCUCAAAGGUCUGUCAGCUAUCACAUUCGCAGUCUCAUCACUGACAUUGUUGAUGGAUGGAACCUUUGAGACUUGGAUUUCUCAGGGAGGGGUUUAGGUGGGCUUUAUGAGGACCCGACGCGACAGAUUAAUAUUCGAUAGGGCAAUUUCCAUGUGAGCUCGGCUUCGGAUAACGCAGUCCCCAGACCGCUCGAACGGAUCCGCGAUUGCUGGCCGUCACGGACGGCAU